CUGCUUUCCCGGAAAGAUCCUGAGGCUGGCAGGGUCUUGGCCAAGUUCUAAAAGGCCUCGGGGUCACUGCCGGCCAGUGCUGAGCCCACAGGAAGCAGGUCUGCCCAGCCCAUGGCCCAGCUGCUGUGGGAAACCCCCCCUCCCCCCCCCCCCCCGCACCGAGACUUCCUGUGGGGACACUGACAGGGACACUGACGUGGAGCGAGACACCUCUCAGUGCUGGCCUUGUGGCCUCCAUGCCAGGCUUGAGUGAUGGCACAUGGCCAGAUGGGUGGGUCAGAUGAGGGAUACUCCAGGUCUUGCCAGACCCACCUCGGUUCUCAGGUCCCUCCCCAGAGGGAAGGACUCCAGAGCCCCGUUCCCACCGGCACCUACUGUGCCCAAGCAGAGGAGCUGUGGUGGGCCAGGCCCCUGGCUCCUGCUCAGGGCACACGGCCAUUUCCUGGGCUUGUCCUUUCUCUUGUUGUUCGGAUCUAUUGUUCCAAAUCCGUGCAGCUCAUUUAGCAGGCCGUCUGCCCUGGCUGGCUGGGCUCCAACAGACCAAAGGGCCUCUGCACCCCUCAUUCAGUCUGAUCGCCCAUUUUGCAGAUGAGGAAACUGAGGCACAGAACCCUGGUGUGGGAUUCAGGGGUCUUGGGGAGAGGUGCCAGCGGGAGUCCUACCCUAGCUCCUCACAGGGCAGCCAAUGGACGCCCCACGGAUUUGGUGGGGGCCUUGGUCUCUUCCGAAAACAUGAAGCCAUCCCGCUGGGGCAGGAACCGGCCCAUUAACGUGAACCAUUACGCCAACAAGAAGAGCGCGGCGGAGAGCAUGCUGGACAUCGCGCUGCUGAUGGCCAACGCGUCCCAGCUGAAGGCCGUCAUCGAGCAGGGCCCCGGCUUCGCCUUCUUCGUGCCCCUGGUGGUCCUCAUCUCCAUCUCCCUCGUGCUGCAGAUCGGCGUGGGCGUGCUGCUCAUCUUCCUCGGUACGGACACCUCUGAGCUUCCGUUCUUGGAGAGGGGGCUGCGGGGCUGAGGCCGCAGGCCCGGAAGGCAGUCCGAGCGUGGCGGCGAGCCCCAGGUGCUGCAGGCCCCGGUGCAGCGUCGGCUCCCUUCCGC